AUGACGAGUAUGACGCCCCAACAAGCAGCCAAGAUGUUGACGAAUAAGCUCGUGACGAUUCGUGUUGGACCAGCCAAGGUGGAGUUUGCUAUCUCGAAGCAACUCAUUUGUACGAUACCAUUCUUCUCCAAGGCUUUCGAGGGCGGCUUCAAAGAGUCGAAUGGAGUCAUGGAGCUAGUUGACGAAGAUGAGCAAGUCUUCUCUACCUUCAUCGUCUGGUUGUAUUCGGGGAAAGUCUCCAGAGCCAACUCGCAAAAAGACGUGGAUAACCUGGUCAAAUUGUACGUCUUUGCCGACUUGUGUUGCAACACAAUGCUCGAGAAUCGCACCAUCGACGCAAUUGCCGAGACAUUUUCGAGAUACGACGAGCCUAGCAUUACAAUCAGCAUGGCUAAGCACGUAUACGAGACUACACCGACAAAUUCCCUUCUUCGCAAGUGGCUUAUUGAAACGUUAGUUUACGAUCUGUCGAGGAAGUACAACUACGUUGGUGAACUUCCCACCAAAGAGGCUCUGGAAUUUGUGUACCCACUAGUCAUUGAGUUUCCUGAGUUUUAUCUGGACUUCUUUGGCAUGCUCCGGACCAACGACUUACACAGGGUUGUGCAUGGUGGUCGUGGCGAUCUCGAUGAUCUCGGGUGUAGGUUCCAUAUACAUGGACAAGGUGAGACUUGUCACCGGGGGGAGCCAGCUUUGGCGGCUUGGAAGGAUCCUAUUCCAGGAGAGGCGGUUGUGUUUGAGGACCAGGAGUAG